CAUCACUUCAACCCAUAUUGGUUAUCUCGCACGUCGCAUUGGAAAACAAACAAUUAAUCGCAAACCCAGUCAGCGAUUAGUUAAUAUGUCUUUCCCGGUUAGGCGGGCGCUGCACAGCGUUGCGGGGCGCACCCCUGCUUCCCGGAUUCUCGGAAACCUCCCCGCGCCUGCAUCCACACUCCCGAACCGGCUCCGGAUCCAACGGGCGAUCCCCGCAACAGCAGCCGGGUUCCACACUGUCCCGGCUGCCCGUCAGGCCGAGAAGAAGAACAACAAUGCACAAGCCACCGGAGCAGGUUCCUUUGCUCGUACCGACGACUCCAUCACAGUCGAGUACCCCCCCGACGAGCAACUCCCUACUGAAGAGACUGUUGCUGGUACCGACAGAGCAGGCGCCCAUGUCUUCCCUACGCUGGCAAAUUUCUCGCUGCAGGGGAAGGUUGGUGUCGUCACCGGAGGUGCGAGAGGGUUGGGCUUGGUGAUGGGGCAGGGCAUGGUCACGAGCGGUUCGGAUCUAGCCAUCGUUGAUCUCAACAAGGAGGAAGCCACGCGCCAAGCGCAGAGCAUCGUCGAGACCUUCCGGGCCGACCACCCCGACAAGAAGCCCCCCAAGGUGACAGCCCACUACGCCGAUGUCUCAGACCCCACCAGUGUCGAGGCCUGCAUCGCCGAGAUCGUCUCUGAGCACGGCAGGAUCGACAAUCUUGUGACUUCGGCCGGCUUCACGGAGAACUUCGAGGCUGUCGCCUACCCGAUUGAGCGCAUGCGCAAGCUGUGGGGCGUCAACGUCGACGGUACCUACCUGUUUGCUACCUCCGUCGCGAGGCAUCUGAUGGCUCGCAACGCCAAGGGCAGCAUGGUCUUCAUCGGCAGCAUGAGCGGUGCCAUCGUGAACGUCCCCCAGCCGCAAGCCCCCUACAACGCCGCCAAGGCCGCCGUCCGCCACCUCUGCGCCUCGCUCAGCGUCGAGUGGGCCGGAGCCGGCAUCCGCGUGAACUGCAUCUCGCCGGGCUACAUGCUCACAGCCCUGACGCAAAAGAUCCUGGACGACAAGCCGGAUCUGCACCGGCAGUGGACCUCGCUCAUCCCGCAGGGCCGCAUGGGCGCGCCCGAGGACCUGAUGGGCCCCGUCACCUUCUUGCUUUCGGACGCGUCCAACUAUGUCACGGGCGCGGACCUGCGCGUGGAUGGCGGUUAUACCGUCACGUAAAAAAACGGAGGACGGUUUCCCGUUGGUGGGGAUGGGAGAAGGAGGAGAAGGGACCGGGCACGGCGAAGAACCGCCCCGGGUUGUGAUACAUAGCUGACAUUUGUGUAAUAAUGAUACUACCAAGAUGUAAUUCAAAAAUGGCUGAGGCUUGGGGAAAUACCUAACGGAGUGGCUUUUGCUAGUCUUCUCUAACUAAUCAUGCAAUCAAGCCCAUCCGG